UGCUUUUAAACUCGUCAGUCGUUAGAUCAAUCUCACACUUUCAAAUACAUAUACAUUAUACUCACAUUAAACGAACAACACACAACUAGAUUCGGAGUAAUAAAUUAAGGGUAAGAAGUUAGCAAUUAGAUAACACAAGAUGUCGAUCAGAAGGGGUGGAUUGAUGUCCUACAACCAGCGGCGUAUUGCCCGCUGGUACUUUGGAGGCCUGGCGAGCUCCAUGGCUGCCAUGGUGACUCAUCCGAUCGAUUUGAUCAAGGUGCUCAUUCAGACUCAGGCGGAGAAGCUAUCGGUGUUCCAGACCACCCGCAAGAUUGUCAAGGAACAGGGACCUAUGGCCAUGUACAAUGGCAUCUCGGCCUCAAUGCUGCGCCAAUACACGUACACGUUGGCCCGUUUUGGCAUUUAUUCGGUGGGCUCUGGAGCUAUGGACACCAGCACCAUGACCGGCAAAACAUGUCUAGCAGCGAUUGCCGGAGGAAUUGGCGGGUUUGUGGGCGCACCUGCAGAUCUGAUCAACGUCCGCCUGCAGAACGAUGUCAAGUUGCCACCAGAGAAGAGGCGCAACUACAAGCACGCCAUUGAUGGACUGGUGCGAAUCACCCGCGACGAGGGAUGGAAAAAUCUCUUCAAUGGCGCCUCGAUGAUCGCGCUCCGUGGAGCUUUUAUGACCGUAGGUCAGAUCGCGUUCUACGAGCAGAGCAAGUUCCAAAUGAUAAAAUUGGGAAUGCCGGAGAAUAUGGGCACCUACAUCUUGGCAUCGAUGAUCUCCUCCGUGGUGGCCACCACCUUGACGCAGCCCAUCGAUGUGGUGAAGACACGUCGCAUGAAUGCAGCACCUGGCGAGUAUUCUGGAUUGGGGGAUGUGUUUGUAAAGACUUCGAAGGAGGGACCUCUGGCUUUCUUCAAGGGAUACGUUCCCUCUUUGAGUCGAUUAUUGCCGCACACGGUAUUAUUAUUCUUGGGCCUCGAGUACCUGAGGACUCACUUUGGAUAUCUCCCAGAGCCGAAACAAACAGGUGCAUUUUAUCGAUAUGAUGAUGUCGAUGACUGAGCUAUUUGCGUUAUUUUCAAAAUUUCUAGCUUUGCAUUACAUGACCAUUCAUUACAUCGCAUGUCAGAAAAUAAAAUAUACAUAUAUUAAG